AUGCCGAAAAACGCUGGUCCCAGCAGUAGCAAGAGGUAUCUUCUGGCCAGUGUGUCAUCAUCGAUACUAAGAUAUGGGGGUCCAGCCUGGGUUCCAGCGCUGGAAACGAAGCAGAACCAAAAGAAAUUGAGCAGUACGUUCCGGCUAAUGGUCAUGCAAGUCGUGAGUGCGUACAGGAACAUGUCAUCGGAAGCAGUAUGCGUUAUCGCCGGUAUGAUCCCUAUCGGCAUCACCCUGGCGGAGGACAGAGUGGAACACGGCGGAGAACGGAGGAUGGACACAUCGACUAAUACCGAUUCUUUCAACCUGGGUGAUCAGAAAACAUGGAGAAGUCAACUUCCACCUAACGGAGUUCCUGUCUGUCCAAGGCUGCUUCAGGAAAUACCUGCAUCGGUUCGGACACGCAGCGUCACCCUAUGUCCGGAGUGUGGCAAUGUCGAUGAAACGCCGGAGCAUGAGGUCUUCGACUGUCCAAAGUUCGAGGCAGUGUGA